GACCAGUGGAACCUUGCAAAAAAUUAUUAUCCAAUUAUUAUUAUUGCUGAAAAUUAUAAAAAUAUUUGCGUAAUUAAAGCAAGGCAUGAAAAAAGUUUUAGAAAAUUAGAUUCUUAAAGUCCAUUUAAAGUCAAAUUCAGUGUGAAAUCAAUCAUGGCAUCUGGAAGUGAGGAAAUAAAUCCGGGCCCAGAUCCAAUGGAUUCUGAAUCCUUGUCCGAAUUAUUUGAUAAGGCAUUUGAUUUGUUUAAUUCUAUAAAUAAAACGCAGGAACCAACAAAUAGUCACCAAGUUCAGUCUGAUGUGAAACGAGCAAUGCGUAUGUUUGAAAAUUCGACAAAAUUGGUAUCCCUCGUGGACAUGUUCAGCGAAAAUGAAGCUUUUGAAGAAGUUCCGACCGAAAAUUUGAAAUACUUCCUACUCCCAGCUCUUUUAGGCACACUCACAACAAAAAUUUGUGGCGCGGAAGAUCGAAUGCAUAUCGUAGACGUGGCCGAAAUCUACUUUGUCGAUUUUUUGAGAAGAAUGAAAAAAUACGGUUUAACAGAUAUACAUAUUCCAGAGGUAAAUCGCGACGAAAGAGAAGAAACUGCGAUUGAAAGGGUCAAAUCUAACGCCGAAAUGAUCACUGAUAUGGUUAACGCCCGGAAUACAAAAAUUCAAAGAUACACUCAGGUAAAGGAAUUAGAGGGUCGUUUGCAAACCUUGAAACAAAGUAUGGAUGAUUUAAACAUCGAUGAUGAGGCGAAAAGGGAAUACUUUGAGACCUUGCUCAAAGUUUAUAUCAAUCAAGCUAUCGAUGAGUUGGCCUCGUUGGCUGCUGAGAGGCCAAUUUUGGAACACAUGAAGAAAAUUGGCCACACCGAAAGUAAUGCCUCACACAAGCAUAAAAAUCGACCUUCUGCGCCACCUCUUCAACCCUAUAUUAUUACGCGGGAUGAUCUACAAAAGAAAGUUUAUGGUGCCGGAUAUCCCAGCCUUCCCGUUCUAACCGUUCAGGAAUUCUAUGACCAAAGAGUGAAAGACGGAGAUUGGCCUGAUCCUUCGCAACGUAAUCAAGUAAAUUCGAGAAGUCUUCAGGAUGUGGCGAAAAAUGGUGCCAAAUCUCAAGAAGAUAUUGAAGCUCAGGAGAAAGAAGAAAAGGUGGAAGCAGAUGACGAAGAAUUGUUGAAUCGGGCUCGAGCUAUGGAUGAAUAUAAAGAUGAUCAUCGACGUGGUUGGGGAAAUCGAGCUAAUCGCAGCUAAACUGGUUUUAGCUGUUUUCCGAAUUGUGUAUUAUUUUUAUUUUUAUUAUUAUUAUAAUUAUAUAUUGUUAAUGUGAAUAUAUCGCCAAUUCUUUUAUCUGCAUAAUCGUAUAUUAAUAUUAUCUAAAGGAAUUUUUGCAUUUUUUUAUAUUCAGUAUUUUUUUUAAAAUUAAAUUCAAUUGGGAAUAACAAUUUUCCUAAUUUUUA